AUGGUGCCGACGGAGGGAGAGAGUACACAGGUGCAGACGGAGGAGAGAGGUGUUCAGGAGGAGAGAGAGGACAAGGUGCAGACGGGAGGAGAGAGUACACAGGUGCAGGACGGGGGAGAGAGUACACAGGUGCUGACGGGGGAUGAGUGUACACAGGUUGCAGACGGCGGGGGGGGGGUAGAGUACACAGGUGCAGACGGAGGGAGAGAGUUUUACACAGGUGCAGACGGAGGAGGUGAGGUGUCAGGAGGAGUGUGUCCACAGGUGCGGACGGAAGGAGAGGUAGUAAAAAGGUGCAGACGGGGGAGCGCGUACACAGUGCAGACGGGGGGAGAGGAGUACACAGGUGCAGACGGGGGAGUGAGAGUCAAAGGUGCAGACGGAAGGAGAGAGUACGGGAGAGAGUACACAGGUGCUGACGGAGGAGAGAGAGAGGUGUCAGGAGGUGAAGAGUCCACUGUGCAGACGGAGGAGAGCGUUCAAAGGUUGCAGAGGUGCGUCGCGGGCGGAGAGUACACAGUGCAGUCGGGGGAGGAGAGUACACAGGUGCAGGACGGGGGGAGAGGGUGUACACAGAGUGCAGACGGAGGAGAGGAGUUUUUUAAAACACAGGUGCAGACGGAGGGAGAGACGGGUCAGGAGGAGAGAGUCCACAGACGGGGGAGAAGUGUUACACAGGUGCAGACGGAGGAGAGAGUACAAGGUGAGACGGUGGAGAGAGGUGUCAUGAGGAGAGAGUCCACAUGGGCAGACGGAGGAGAGAGUACACAGGUGCAGACGGGGGAGAGAGUACAUCAAGGUGCAGACGUGGGGGCGAGGAGUACACAGGUUGCACAGACGGGGAGGAGAGAGUACAAAGGUGCAGACGGAGGAGAGAGUACACAGGUGCCCGAAGAGGGAGUGAGAGGUGUCCAGGUAGGAGAGAGUCCACAGACGGAGGAGAGAGGUUGUCAGGAGGAGACGAGUCACAGUGUGCAGACGGAGGAUGAGAGUACACAGGUGCAGACGGGGGGAAGAGGUACACAGGCUGCAGACGGGGGAGAGGAGUUACAACAGGGGCAGACGGGGGAGGAGAGUACACUAGUGCAGACGGAGGAGAGGAGUAACAGGUCUGCAGACGGAGGAGAGAGUGUAGGAGGAGAGGAGUCCAACAGGUGCAGCGGGAGGAGUGAGACACAGGUGCAGAGGGGGGAGAGGAGUACACAGGUGCAGACGGGGGAGAGAGUACACAGUGGUUGCAGACGGUGGAGAGAUUACACAGGUGCAGACGGAGGAGGAGUGUACACAGGUGCAGACGGAGGAAGUGAGGUGUCAGGAGGAGAGAGUCCACAGGAUGAGAGUACACAGGUGCAGCUGGCAGGCAGAAGAGGUGUCAGGAGGAGAGACGCCACAGUUGCAGCGGAGGAAGAGGAGUACACAGGUGUCAAAGUCACCAAGACCCUGGCAGGGAGAGAGCGCAACACAGGUGCAGACGGGCCGGAGUGA